GUUUCACAAUGCCGAUUUUAUUUAGUGCUGUCGCGUACACAAGACGCAUUCUGGCAAAGUACGCUUGCUGCGAUGGAAACUUCACAGAGAUAGUAGACGAGGUGUUAUCAAAGAUACCCAGUGAAAAUCACAAGAUGACUUAUUCGCACGGACAUUAUCUACUACACUAUAUCGUCGACGACCAGCAUUUCUACUUUUGCAUAACUGACAAAACGUGUCAGCGUUCCAGAGCAUUUCUGUUCCUAAACGAGGUGAAACGAAGAUUUAGUCGAAAUGAAAAAAGUUUCAAUCAAGUGCUGGCUAAGGAAAUGCACAGAUACAGCGAGGACUACAGCACUAUUACUAUAAGGAAGGGAGAGCUGGACGAGCUUAACAGUAUUGGGGUCGGAUGUAGUGGUAAGUAAUUACAGUUGGACCUGGACCUAAAUAACGGAAAUACAAUAAAUAAUUCAACUUCUGAAAACACAAAGUACUUGGACGUCCUGGAGGCGUCGUUUCCUCUCGUCAAAGGUUUGUCAGGA